GAAAUGAAUUUAAACGAAGAGAAAGAAAAUACUGAUAAUGAAGGAAUAGAAGCAGAAAAUCCUCAAAAUUCCAACGGGGCACUAGUUAUGGACGAAAUUCCUACAUAUAAAUAUUUGGAAGGAAAAAUGAAGGAAGAAAAUCAAGAAGAAGAAAAUAAUAACAUAAUUGGGCUAGAAAAUAUUAAUUUUGACGGAUCGAGUAAUAGUAUUGGGGAUCAACUGUAGCAGAAUCUUCUACUACAAAAAUAAAAAAUGAAAAUGAUUUUGAAGAGUCUAUUAUUAAUAAAAAUAAAUUAAAUACAAUUUUUGAUGAGGAUGCAAAUAAUUAUUAUAAUUAUUUAAUUGGGGAAAUGAAUUUUGAGGAAAAGA